AUGGCCGGCCGAUCCGCACAUGUCAAGACCGAGCAAUUCGACAUGGACUCGUUCUUCGACUUCAACCAAGGCACGAACCAACAAUCCCCCGUCACCGCGACCGCCUCCUCCUCCCGCAACGACAUGAUCUCUCCAUACGAACAAGAAGAGCGCCAACAAUUCAAUGGACCGAGCCACGACUAUGGCCAGUUCAAGCAACAAGUCGGCCUUCCUGCGGGCAGCGUCGCAAACAUGCCACAGAUGAACUACGAUGGCUUCAACUCGGGCAUGAGCGACAUGGACUUCAACUCGGGCUUCGGAUACAACUCCGGCCUCGACAUGGACGCCGACAUGUCAAUGGACUUCAACAGCACGCAGCCUAUGCCGCCCAUGUUCUUCCCUGCCAACGACAGCCCCAUGACCAACUUCGUCAACCCCAACAGCGUUGGCGGACACGAGGAGCCUCACAGCAAUGUUGGCCGUCUCUGGCCUGGAAUGCACAGCCAACAGGCACAGCAAGCGGCCAUGGCCAAAGCAGCCCAGGCGCAUUCCGUUCAGCAGCGUCAGAGGAAUCUGCAGGCACAGCAGGCCCAGUACCGCCAAGCUGCCAAUCCCGCCCAGAGCCAAGCUCCCGCCUCGCGGCCGCAAGGCAAUGGUCAUGGCAAGCGUGCCUCUCACACCACCGAGCCACACGUGGAGGAGAGCAUCUCGCGUCUGUUGAACCAGAUGCGUCAGAACUCAUCAGUGCCGUCUGACGAUGCGGAUUCUCCAUCGAACAUGCUACCCAACAUUGCUCGCAUGAAGAAGGAUGAGGAGGAGAUGGACGAGGACGAGCGUCUUCUCGCGUCCGAGGAGGGCAAGAAGUUGUCUAGCAAGGAACGCCGUCAACUCCGAAACAAGGUCUCGGCUCGUGCUUUCCGCUCGAGGAGAAAGGAAUACAUCGGUCAACUCGAGGGCGAACUUGCCAUGAAGACACAGGAGAGCAACACACUCCGAAACGAGAAUACGGCCCUGCAUGCAGAGAACGAACGCUACCGCACACUGAUUGAGACACUCCUUCGCCACCCAUCAUUUACUCCAUUCAUCAACGACAUCAGCAAGGACCCUUCAUCUCUGCUGCAGAGCGCCCCGCCGCAACAACAGCAGCAGACGCAACAAGCUCCUCAUCAGCAGCAGGCUCCUCCGUCUCAGUCUCAGCAGCAACAACAAUCGCAGCAGCAGCAACAACCGCAACCCGAUGUGAAGCCUGCCUUUCUCGACUUCGACGCCUCUCAGCUUCAGAUCCCGCAACCCCAAGAACAGCAACAAGAAAAUGCCGGACUCGCCAUGAUUCCCGAGGACAGCUUUAACAAGCUCAACCUCUCCGGCAACCUCCGGAACAUGAACUACAGCAAUUUCAAUAGCGUCAAUGCUUACGCUGUCACCGAUCUGCCGAUGGGACCUGAUCCUCAAGAUCUCCUCUUCGACUCUUCUACUGCCUACGACUCGAUGGAUGCCUCUGCUAUCUGCUCUGCUUCAAAUCCUGGACUUUCACUAUUGCUUGCAAAACUGGACAACGCGGCGCAACGAGUCGGUGGGGAUGGUCAGUCUUUCUUCUAGCUUGUUUGCUAGCUAUUGAGCCAAUACGUUAAUUGUAUUCCUCGCAUUCAAAUAUGUUUCAUACCAAUAACCUGGGUCCCACUAGCAUGGUCGA